AGAAAUUUGCCUCUUCUUCCCCUUCUGCUCGCCUCGGCCCUUCCUGCUUGUACGCAUUUGCCCGAACACUCCGCCCGCGCCGCCAGCCAGCCACCCUCGACCUCCGCCGUCUCCUCCACUCCACACCAGUGACCUCCGCCACCGCCACCGCCACCGCCACCGCCACCGCCGCCGCCACGCCAUGCAGAAGGUGCGGCUCAAGUGGGUCAAGAACCGCGGGCUGGACCACAUCAUCGACCGGACCACCUCCAUCCGCGCGUCCUGCCUCAUGCUCGACUACCUCGCCCGCCAGCCUUCGUCCCCCGUGCCGGCCCGCUCCCUCGCGCGCUUCCAGAAGCCGCUAGGCCUCACCGUCCCCGUGCUCCGCUUCCUCCGCCGCCACCCGACCCUCUUCGCCGAGCAGCCGCACCCGCGCUUCCCCACGCUCCCCGCCUUCUCCCUCACCUCCGCCUCCGACAUCCUCCUCGGGCGCCUCGCCCGCGCCUCCGCCGUCGACUCCCACCUCCGCCUCGCGCGCCUCCUCCUCCUCACCCGCUCCAGGUCGCUCCCGCUGGCCUCCAUCCUCCCGCUCCGCUUCGACCUCGGCCUGCCCUACGACUUCGCAUCCUCCUUCCCCUCCUCCCACCCCGACCUCUUCGCGGUCUCCAACAACCACAUCUCCCUCUCCACCGCCCGCCUCCCCGACGACAUCGCCAUAUCCUCCCUCCAGCGCCGCCACGCCGAGGCUAUAACCGGGGCGACCUACCGCGACCUGUCCCGUCCGCCGUCCUCGUCGCAUGCCCCCCUCGCGUUCCCGAUGCGGUUCCCGCGUGGGUACGGAGGGAUGAAGAAGGUCAAGGCUUGGAUGGAUGAUUUCCAUCGGCUACCUUACAUCUCCCCGUAUGAUGAUGCCUCAGGGAUCGACCCUGAUAGCGAUAUCUACGAGAAGAGGAACAUUGGUUUGCUGCAUGAGUUGCUCGGGCUGAUGGUGCACAAGAUGGUCCGGAGGAAUGCGAUCCGGUUGCUCCGCGAGGAGCUUGGCCUGCCUCACAAGUUCACAAGGUUGUUUACGCGGUAUCCUGGAGUAUUCUACCUGUCGUUGAAGUGCAAGACGACGACACUGGUGCUUCGCGAGGGGUACGAGAGGGGGAAGCUUGUGGAGAAGCACCCUCUCGCGGCUGUGAGGGACAAGGUACAGUAUGUGAUGCGCACUGGCGUGUUGUACCGUGGGAAGGGCCUUUCCAAGCUGGUUUUAGAUGAGGAUGACGAUGAAGAGGAGGGUACACUGGAUGGAGAUGAGGGGUUUCAAGGAGAGGGGAUGGAUGAGGAUGCUGAUGUUGAGUGCUUUGGAAUGGAGAUUGUGGAUGAUGACGGGCAUAGCAAUAAUGAUUAUGAUGAACACGAUAGUUCUGAUUGACACUGGAUGGUCAUUUCUGCUUGCUGGAUGUUGCUGUUUUGAGAUGAUGGGCGGUGACUUCACUCAGGGCACGAAGCAAGACGAGGACUAAGUUAUGAACUUUAGCCAGGUUAUGGCUGCAAAUUAGGUGUUGGUUUUGUAGGUGAUACUUACAUCCUGUUUGGGCAGAUGAUGAUUUGAUCAAAUUUGGGCAGACAAUGACCAAAUGCAAACUAUGCUUUCCUGGACUGCAGAAGAACUGCUUGGAAUUUUAUUAUAGUUGGAAUAGAAUGUAGAUAUUUCUUGAUUAAAUCGGCUCAUUUGUGAGGCGGAAAACAUUUAUCUGUUGCUAACCUUUUGUGAUGGCAAUCAGCCUCUCUCACCAGUCACAAAUGAUAGACAUGAGUGUCACAGUGUCUGUGACUCCUGCUCCUUACAAUCUUUCCAGCCAAAGUGAUGCUGACCAUGAAGCCUUUGCAGUCUUGGCAACUUCUGUAGGGCAAAUGAUUUGAGCUUGCCACGAUUGUUCUGAAGCCACGUUCUUUCUUUCUUAUUUUCUGGAUAGUGAUUUCUGCUUGCCGUGUGUUGCUGUUUUGAGAUGAGUUCACUCAGGUGAGGAUUUCAGCAACAUGUUUCAACUUAGUACCCGUAAACUGGGGAUUCACACAUGGCUUUCAGCAACUUGGUUUAACUUAGUUCCUGGAAAUGAGCAGUUUCAGAAGGCAAUCAUAAUACCAUCGUGAGUUGCAAUCAUAAGAUUUUGAUGUACUGCUUGAGAUGUAGAAAGCUUCUUUAGAUACCUAGUUUCUGUGGUGAUCUUUUAUUUGUCGAGGUAAAAUUUGUGCCUAUGGCUCUCUCUGCUCUCUGGAUAGCAUGAGAUGAGAGUCAUCAUGAUUUAACUGAAUGUUAGAUAUUAACUGAACACAUUUCAUGUACAGCUUCUUAUUCAAUUUGUGAUGCACACAAAACAGAGUGGCAGCGAUCUUAGCUUUGUUGGUUGCUGAGUGGUUGUAUUUACUACAGGGUGGUAUUACUCUAGAACAUGUUAUCACAUUUUCUAGGGGAAAUCAUUACUCUUGUUGGUAACUUGGUAUAUUAGAAACUGUCAAGUUGUCAUGUAGUAGUAUCUAGUACUAGAGGUACUCUGACUCUUUUAAUAUUGGUUGGCAUGGGGGCGUACUAGAAAACUAGAAAUAACUUGGAAGGCUGCUUGAUAGCCUAGCUUCGAGAAGCUCAAGUAUCACUGUGUCUCUUUUAGGCAUGAAGCAAGCCUAACUAGGACUAAGUCAGACAUGCGCUUUUCCUAGGUAAUGGUUGCAAAUUAGAUGCCGGCUUAGUAGGUGAUACUUGCAUCCUGUUUGGGCAGACAAUGAUUUGAUCAUAUUUGGGCAGACCACGACCAAAUGCAAACUAUGAUUCCCUGGAUUGCAGACGAUCUGCUUGGAAUUUGGAUUAAACUGGAAUAUGAUGUAGAUAUUUGUAGAUUGACUCAGCUCAUUUGUGGGGUGGAAAACGUUAUCUGUUGUGAGAGCAACCAGCCUCUCUCACGAGUCACCAAUGAUAGAUUGAUCGACAGAGUGUCGCAGUGCCUCUAACUCUUGCUCCUUACAAUCUUUGCAGCUAAAGUGAUGCUGACCAUGGAGCCAUUGCAGUCUUGGCAACUUUUGUAACACAAAUGAAUUGAGCUUGCUACGAUUAUUCUGAAGUCAUGUUCUUUCUUUCU